UAAGUGUUUGUUUUAAGAAUUGGUUUAUAUAUCUUUCACAUACAAUCACGUAGAGAUAUAUAAUGGAUAAAACCUCCAUGACUGCUAUAUUCCUGCUUAUUGGAAUCUUUUCCUCCGUGCAAUUUGCAGAUGCACAAGUUGGAGUGUGUUAUGGAAGAAAUGGAGACAACCUACCAAGUCAGCAACAAGUGAUAAACUUAUACAAAUCAAAUGGAAUAACAAGAAUGCGCAUAUAUGAUCCAGAUCAAGCAACCCUCCAAGCCCUCAAAGGUUCAAACAUAGAAUUAAUCCUUGAUGUCCCCAAUGACAACCUUCAAUCCCUCACUGAUUCCACAACCGCCACUAAUUGGGUCAACACAAAUAUCAAAGCCUUUUCAGAUGUCAAAUUCAAAUACAUAGCCGUUGGUAAUGAAGUCGACCCUAGUGACUCUAACUCACAAAACAUUCUCCCUGCAAUGCAAAACAUUCAGAAUGCAAUUAAUUCCGCAAAUUUACAAAGUCAAAUCAAAGUCUCCACCGCAAUUCAAACCGGCCUAGUAACGAAUUCUUACCCGCCAAGCAACGGUGUUUUCACCGAUUCAGCAUCGAAUUUCAUCAAGCCAAUCGUGAAUUUCUUAGUCCAAAAUGGUGCACCACUUCUUGUAAACGUGUACCCUUAUUUUUCAUAUGCUCAAAACCAACAGAGCAUUAGUAUUCAGUAUGCUCUGUUCACUCAACAAGGUAACAAUGAUGUUGGAUACCAGAAUCUGUUCGACGCAAUACUCGAUUCUGUUUACGCGGCGCUCGAGAAAUUAGGCGCCAAUAAUUUGAACAUUGUUGUGUCUGAGAGUGGGUGGCCAUCAGCAGGGGGUGUUGCUGCUAGUGUUGAUAAUGCUGGAACUUAUUAUAAGAAUUUGAUUAAUCAUGUUAAGGGUGGAACUGUUAAGAGGCCUAAUGUACCAAUUGAGACUUAUUUGUUUGCUAUGUUUGAUGAAGAUUUGAAGACCGGUGAUGAAACUGAGAAACAUUUUGGUGUCUUUAAUCCUGAUCAGUCUCCUAAGUAUCAACUUAGUUUCAACUGAAGUAAAGACUCGUAUGCAGUUGUUUUUA